UGCCAUAAUAUUAUGCGACGUGUGAUUAAAAAUGACAGGCACGCCUAAGGAGAUUAAAGAUGAUAUUGAUGUUCUUGAGUGUGAAUUUAACAGUCUAAAAAAAAGAGCUAUAAAUUUGCUUGAAGCCAGUACACUUGGGGUUAAAGAUGUUGUAUAUGAAUUAACUACAUUAAGUUCAUCUGAAAUAGACCAAUACAAAGUUUUCCUCAAAGAGAAAUCAAAGGAGCUUAGAAAAAGUGAAGAUAACUUGGAAUUAUUCGGUGAACUUAACCUCCACUGGACAUAUCUUUCUCCACAUUUUCUGAAACACCUUGUCAACAACCUUUUGCCCCUAAAUGAAAUGAAAAGUGAUAUGGAAGCCUAUAUGAAUGAGCUUCAUAUUUUUCGUGAACGAACGCCAUUAGACCUUUUCUGCGAGGUUGAUAAAAAGUGUAUUGAGCAACCAGAUGGAUUUCAGAAGGUUGUGACCAAGUUUAAAGAUGUCAAACCAACAAAAGAAAAGCUAACUUUACAAGACAUUGAGGAUUUCCGGCAGCAAUAUGGGGGUUCCUAUCAAACUCCGUGACUUUGCCAUCAUGCUAAGAGAUGAAGUCAAGAAAAUGUCGUUCAUUGUUACAUUCUUUGUCCCAGACUCAGUUAUUGAACUCUUAAGCACUAAGGUCCCAAGGGAAUUGCUUCUAAAGUUUGGGGUUACAAAACUUGAUGUUGCUGGAACGUGCCUUUAUAGUGAUGAAGCCACACAUGCAGUUAAAUCAUCUCUGACCUCAGUAGGUGAGUCUUAAUAGAAUUGUAUACCCUGACCAUCAAUUAUCAUACAGGUCAAUUUACUAGCAGAGAACAUGUUCAAGACAAAAUAAAGGAGCUGGAAAGAAAAUUCCUAGCGCUUAAGAGAGCCACUUUCGAAAGCCUGGAGACACACCACAUUCCAGCGGAAUCUGUAACUGACUCUCUCAAAUCACUCUCACCUGACGACAUUAGUGAGCACAAAAUGUUCUCAGAUGAUCAAAUGGAUGUUCUCGAGAAAGCCGACAAUCAAUCUAUGCUCAUCGGACAGUUGGACUACAACAUGGACUAUCUCUCCUACCACUUACUGGAUAGUAUCGUCGAUACGUUUGGGUUGAAAGAGGUUAAAGCCCAGAUGGAAGGAUACAAGUCAGAACUAAUGCAGUUCAGAAUGAAGACACCACUUGUUUUGUUUUGUCAGAAACAAGAGAGAAAGAGAAUCAGGCUCUCCCCAGAAUAUGAGGGGGUGGUUGCAAAAUUCGACAUGAAAGAUAAUAUAACUCUUGAAAAUGUUGAACAGUUCCGAUUAGCAUAUUCUUCCCACUACAAACUCCAGGACUUUGCGAUGAUGAUUACUGCAGUUCGUCCUGGUUCGUUCGUCGUCACCUGGCAAGUACCAAGCUGCAUUGUCGAGAAAUUGAAGACAAACGCCCCGAAAAGUAUUCUCAAGAAAUGGUUUGUCAAAAAACUGACCAUUGCUGGCACCUGUUUCUAUGAAACCGAGAAUUCACUCGGUGAAAAGCCUCUCAGUAUCGACAGUGCUGCACCUACAAAUGAGGGCUCCAAAACAAAUGUCACCAAAGCCAAGCCACUGCCUGAGGAAGAUUUUGAAUUUGUAGAGCAGCCACCUAGUGACUUUUUCUGUCCAGUCAGAAAGUGUCUCCUGCUCCAUCCUCACCUCACUUCAUGCUGUGGUAAUCAUCUAUCAGAGGAAGCUGCUAGCAGGAUAGAGCGAGAGGGAUGGCCAUGUCCGCUGUGCAGGGAGGAGGAUUGGAGCACAUGUUGGACAAACACUUUCAGCGUCAAGUAAAAUCACUGAGACUCUAUUGUUCUCACAAGGACAGGGGGUGUGGCUGGCAGGGAGAGCUGGCUGCCUUUCACUAUCAUGUGGAGUAUUGUCGAAUGAGAGAUGGUCCACCCAUGACUGAGCUAGUGAAACUGCCAGUUGAAAACACAUUUUAUGGAGACAUUUCCGAGUCUGCAUCACAAACAUCUCUGGGAGGAGAGAUGGAGGUGGUGGUGCCAUGGGAGCACUGGGUGUGCUCUCAGUGUCUGCUGGAAAACCCUCAUGCUGUGUGGCUCAUCAAGUUGAGAUGUUUCAAACCACACCAACAUCGCCACCAGU